UCAUCACUAUGGCUAUGGCGCUUCAAGCCAAAUAUUAUUCUCUGCAUCCUCUUCUUCCUCAACCCCAAACCCAUUCCUCAAACUGUUCAAAAACCUUUAGAAUUGCAACUUGUUGUGCUCAUCAUGUAAUUCAAGCUCAAGCCGAGACAAUGAGGACCAAGAAGAAGCUCAAACCAAGCUUCUUCCAGCAAAUUCGCCAUAAAUGGUCUUCGAAAAUAAGUUCACCAAGAGAGAAGUUUCCAUGGCAAGAACAAGAAAAAGAACAAGACCAAGAACUAGAGAUAGAGGAAGAGGAAGAGGAAGUAGAAGAAUUGAAAACCCCGCAGUCUUUUGGUGUUGCAGAAACUGAUGUGGCGUCAUCAGUGAGUGUCCUGGUGAGUUCUGCUUUGCCCAGAAGUUUUGUUUCAGCUCCUUGGGAUCAUGGAAAUUAUUCUCAACCUAAAAUCUCACGAAUUGGUACUAAAAAGGAAGAAAAUGUUGAUGGGUCUCUUGUAAGUAAUGCUGUUAAAGAAGUCAAUAAAUUGGAUAAUGAAGUUAAAUGGGUUGAAGAAAUUAAAAUUGAUGAUAGAAUUGAGGAAAAACGUAUUGAGUUUCCAAGUAGCAAGCCAAAAACAGUUGUCGGGGGUUUAAACGGCGUCUCUUCUGUGAACGAAGGGCUAAAGGAGAGUGGAGAGAAUUGUAGUUCAAAUAGGGCACCAUGGAGGAGAGAUACGGAUAACGAGGGAGAUAAGAGGAGGAGAAACAACACGGAGUUGGCGGAGAGAAUGAUCCCUGAGCACGAAUUGCGGAGACUUAGAAAUGUUUCUUUGAGAAUGCUGGAGAGGAUCAAAGUCAAGAGCGCUGGGAUUACGCAGGCAUUGGUGGAUAGUAUUCAUGAGAAGUGGAAGGUCGAUGAGGUUGUGAAACUAAAGUUCGAAGAGCCUCAUUCGCUUAACAUGAAGAGGACUCAUGAGAUUUUGGAGAGGAGAACUGGGGGUUUGGUUAUAUGGAGAUCAGGCAGCUCAGUAGUUUUGUUCAGGGGAAUGGCCUACAAACUUCCUUGUGUACAAUCAUUUACAAAACAAAAUCAGAUGCUUCGCUCAGAUAAUGUUAUGAGUAAUUUCAUGCAUAAUGCAGGAGAGAACAAUUCGGUUGGGUCUACGGAAUCAUUUAUACCUUCUGCAAAGUAUUUGCAGAAUCUUUCUGAGGAAGAACUUAUGGACUUAACCGAAUUCAACUAUUUGUUAGAUGAGCUGGGUCCGCGGUUUACAGAUUGGCCUGGCAGUGGGCCGUUGCCUGUAGAUGCAGACUUGCUUCCUCCUGUGGUUCCUGGAUAGAUACCACCAUUCAGACUUCUCCCUUAUGGCAUAAGGCAGUCUUUAAGAGAUAAUGAGGUGACGACGUUUCGUAGGCUUGCAAGAAAAAUGCCUCCACAUUUUGCCCUUGGAAGGAACAGACAACUACAAGGCCUAGCUCAGGCAAUGGUAAAGCUAUGGGAAAAGAAUGCUAUUGCAAAGAUAGCAAUAAAACGUGGUGUACUGAAUACAAGUAAUGAGAGGAUGGCAGAGGAACUCAAGAAAUUGACUGGGGGAACACUACUUUCCAGAAACAAGGAUUACAUUGUCUUUUAUAGGGGUAAUGAUUUCCUGCCACCUGUUGUUACGGAGGCAUUCAAAGAGAGGUUGAAACUAACAAAUAUUUGACAAGAUGAGGAAGAACAAGCACGACAGAAUGCCUUGGCCUUGAUUGAGUCAAAGGUCAAAGCUCCUAAUGUCCCAUUGGUUGCUGGCACCCUUGCUGAAACCUUGGCGGCGACCUCUCGAUGGGGAGACCAACCUAGUAGUAAAGAUGUGGAGCAAAUGCUGAGAGAUUCAGCUUUGACUAGACAUUCUGUAUUAUUCAAAUAUCUUAAGAAGAAACUAGUGCUUGCAAAAAGGAAAUUGAGAAGGGCUGAGAUGGCUCUAGCAAAAGUACAGGAGAAUCUUGACCCAGCAGAGCUUCCCUCUGACUUGGAAACCAUAAGCAAUGAGGAGAGAUUUUUAUUCCGUAAAAUGGGUCUGAGUAUGAAACCCUACUUACUUCUAGGGAGGCGAGGUGUUUAUGAUGGUACUAUAGAGAACAUGCACUUGCACUGGAAGUUCCGGGAAUUGGUGAAAAUAAUUGUCAAAGGAAAAAGUUUUGCACAAGUCAAGCAGAUUGCAAUUUCUUUAGAGGCUGAGAGUGGUGGAGUGCUGGUAUCUUUGGAUAAAACCACCAAAGGAUAUGCAAUUAUUGUCUAUCGUGGGAAGAACUAUAUAAGCCCUAUUAAACUGAGACCCCAGAACUUGUUGACAAAAAGGCAGGCAUUAGCUCGGUCAGUUGAACUUCAGAGACGUGAGGCAUUAAAACACCAUGUCUUGGACUUAGAAGAGAGAAUUGAGUUGGUGAAGUCUGAACUAACAUGAAAUCUGGCAAGACAAUUGAUGUCUGGAAAAGCUUCUACUCAAGAUUAGAUGAUGCUUGCUUUUCAGAUGAUGACACUGAAGAGGACGAAGGCGAAGAGACAUCUUCAGACAUAUGACAGCGCAAGGCAGUGAGAUUAGCAAUAAACCAAAAUGAGUUCUUGUAGCAAAGAUCAAUUCUUGCACCUGCUUGAAGCUUAGGGAUCAAGCAUUGAAGAUACUUAGAGAAAGGUUCAAGCAACCCAGAAAUGGAUGAGAUGAGAGCAAAGAAUAGGUUCUUCCUUAACAUAAUUGAUUAUCCUGGGUCAUUGAUGUAGAUAGUUAGGGACAGUUUUCUCGUUUAUAUGUGGCAUACUUAUACCCAUGACCCAUGUUGUAAUAUCCUUAACUAGGCAUAUACCAACUUUUGUUUUUUCAAAUCAGUGUUGUAUUUUUUAUGACAAUGCAGAUGGCUAUAAUGUUAAUCCUUCGCUGAAAUGUUCUCA